ACUCUUCGAUAAUUUUUAAUAUCGAAGUAGGUUCUGUCAAUUAUCGCAACAAAACAGGCUGAGUUUUGUUUACUUUUGCGGUCAAAGCUUCCGCACUGUAAUAACAUGGUAAUAUUGUAUUUUUAUCAUGACUAGAUAUUCACGCGAGGACCCACGCUUUGCUCCAACUCCCUGUUCCUGGGAGAACAAAAACGUAAAACCGGGUUAUGAAGAUUCUGACGGCUUGGAACGCGCAUCCUGGGCUCGCCGCAAGGAUUGCGAUGACUCACAGGAAUCAGGGAUUAGGGGAGGACGCUAUGGAACUGCUCAACGAAGCUCUCCAAUUAGGAGCGUUCAUCAGCAGCGUAAGCGAAACGGAUCAUUGGACUCAAAUGGGAAGAAUCACAAACGGUCAAGGGGUGCAGAUGCACCUCAGUCUAUUUCGGCUUGGAGGUAUAAGGAGUUGAUCCAGGACAACCUGUCAAUGGCCCUGGUGGAUGAGAUCCACGCAGACGGCUGCUUGCUCUUCGAAAAGUGGGGGGAGAUCGAGACCAGGCUGGCGGACAUGGUGGCGGAUAAACUAACGGCGGUGCCACAAGGACCCAAUCCGUUGCUUGACUCGUCACUUGUUAUCCGGGGCCACCGGGUGAUUAGGUGCGAGGAUGGCUUCUCCAAGAUCUUCCUCGAGGAUUGUAUUGAGCAAUUGGCCGACGCAUGGAAUGGAGUACGCAUCAAGCUUGUCCACGCCAGCGAAAUACCCAGUCCAAGUCAAGCGGCCCUGGAAGUAGUCCAGGCACAACAGGUUCAGUAUACGGAGGAGACGGUUGAGAACUCGUUAGGCUGGACACUACCUCGAGGAGCUCAAUUGUCCGAUACAGUGAUCCAGGAGAUCCAGAUGCGUUUGCAGAACAAGCGAAGAGGCUAUCAGCUGCGGUUUCAGAUUAAGGAUGGUCCAAUAACCUGGAAAGUAAUGGGUGGGCGAGGCUCACGAGUGCGUAUUGCGUAUUAUACUCUCGCAAAGGACACGACGCGUAUGGAGGACACAAAACAGGUAGAAGUGGAACAAGCUAAGGGAGCGCACAAUACUAAGAUUAUCAGACAAAGUGUGAUAGCUCAUCAGGCGGAGGAGGUAACGCAAUCAAGUGUGGAACAACAGACAGAGGUGAACUCAUUCGGCUGGAUAGUACUUCGUGGAGCUGAAUUCUCCGGCGCAGCGAUCAAAGAAAUAAAGAACGGAUUUCUGAACAAGUCAAAAGGACAAACGGCCCAGUUCCUGGUUAAUGAUGAGGGGAAAUCUUGGAGAGUGACCGUCGGAAGUGACUUCCGAGUACGAAUUACCGAGGACGUACCCGUGCAUACUGAGGUAGAACAGACGGAGGCGAAUUCGUCAAACUGGAUAGUACCCCCAGGAGCUGAACUGUCCGAGGCUGCGAUCCAGGAGAUUCAGGCCCGUGUGCUGAAAAGAAACAAUGUGAAUCGGUUCAAAUUCCUGGUAAGGGAUGGGCCUAAGACGUGGAGAGUGCACACUCGAGGAAGUCAGUUAGUGCGCCUCUCCCCAUAUAUUCCCACCCUGCAGGAAGUGCAUCUCUCGAAUACUACGGAGCAGAAUAUUAGAGAUAAGUCGAUGGAGAUGGAGCCGACGGGAAAUACGGAGCGCUCAGAGGAUGCGGCGCAUGCGAAGGACGUUAACCAGACGGAAAAUGUGGAUAAGUUGGAUCAGUCCGAUUGGAAGUUACCCCCAGGAGCUCAACUGUCCAACAAAGCGAUUCUGCUUAUCCAGGAGCGUAUAGAAAAAACGUUACGCAAAGGUCGGUGCCCAUUUUUGAUAAGGGAUGGCGACAACUUGUGGAGAGUCUUCCACUACAAAAACCAACCAGUUCGCAUCGUUCCACACAAUCCAGACAUAGAAAUUAUGGAACACCACAAGAAAAAUAGCAUUAAACAGGAUAGGAAUUUGGGAAAAACCUAAGAUCGCAAACAGCUUAUAACUUUAUUGUCCAGUUAGGACGCAUGAAUAUCAUUUGAAGUAUGUGCUACUUAUAUUUGUACAAAGGAAAAGGCAUUAUGAAAUUAAUAAACAAUUGAAGGAAAGAA